ACAAAUUAGCUAUGUACAACCUAAUCAAAAACAAACGACAAGAACAAUUCGGAAAUAAAUUUUGAAGUCUGAAUAAUAAGUUUUAUGCGUAACCUCUGCUGAUCAGUAAAGAGACACAAACGGUUGAAAAAGAUAUUUGUUGUACUUCAUGAAGAAUUAGAGGGCAGCAUGGAAAUUGAAUGCUUCUUAUGGAUUGGACACCUGUUGAAAGAGGUAAUGAGCAUCUUCCCCGGAUUGAAUGGACACAAUGUAAAAGCUCUUCCGGGCGAAAUCAUUUUUGAAAUACUAUCUAGGCUUCCGGCAGAUGAAGUUCUCAAAUGUCGCAGAGUCUCUAAAGAAUGGAGGGCACUUGUUCCCACUCCAUAUUUUUCUCAAUACCACCUUACACGAGCUUCCCCAAUUGUUCUUAUACAGUGUUUAGUACCGCAGAAACUAAGUAGUUAUGACGGUAAAUUGGAAUUUUAUUUUCUUGAUCUAGGAGCUAAAAAGAACCAAAUGGUCAAAAAGUAUUUCACUAAGCCUUCUUCCACCGUGCGUGAGUACUUCUAUCGUAUGCUUUUUAGCUGUAAUGGAUUAAUUGUAUUUGAGACAGAGUAUUUGAGAGCGAAAUACCCAAAUUUCUCUAUUUACAACCCGAUCACACAACAGGAUAUAACUUUGAAAAAGCCAUUUGGGACGGGUUUUUUAUGUGGUAUUUAUUUUCACACUUUGACGAGAGAAUACAGACUGAUAUAUACAUAUAAAACUUGCAAUGCCAAUUGCUGGCACUAUGUAAUAUUAGCUGGCGGGGAGUGGGUAAAGCUUCAGAAUGAUAGUUUUGCGCCGCCUCUCAGGGAUGGUCCUGUAAACAUAAAUGGGUUUGUUUAUUGGAUGAUUUGGAAGAAACUUAUAAACUAUAGAGCUGCCUUUCCUCUUCUAUGCAGUGCAUCUAUUAUCACAUUCGACACCAAAACAGAGGAAAUCCGAGUUAUGGCUCAUCCAGGGAAGAGAUGUCAUAGCUGUUGCGAUGAGCAACGGGAUAUGCAACUCUUUAAUGUGGAGAAUAGGUUAGUUUAUGCUCGCGUAUAUUCGGAACUCAUAAAGAUCUGGGUGCUUGAAGAUUCUACGAAAUGGCUUUGGGCUGAAAGGUAUAACAUUAAUCUUGAUUUAACCGUGAAAAAGUUCAUACCUAGACAAGGACUUCGAUGCCGUCUUAGGAAUCUUGUAUACAUCCCAGAUGGGCAGCUGGUAAUCUUUUGGGAAAAUGUAGGGUUGUUUCUAUAUCAUCUAGAGCUGAAAACGUUCAGAAAAAUGGAUGUUAAAAUUCGAGGAAGAGAUUUAAUGUCUUCAGUUGGGGCUUAUAUAAGCUUGAUGUCUUACACCAAAAGCUUCGAGUUUUGGAGUAAAAAUGUAUGAUAAGUUUUGCUGUCAUUCUCAGUUAUUCUUUUGUUGUUGGUUGUUGGUAGUGAUCAGGGACGGAACCGGGCAUAUAGUCCGAGGAGAAUUCUGACCAUUUUCUCCCCGUCCGGCGAGGAUUCGACAUUAUUAAAGAGCAGCUAGGUGGUUCUACUUCUUUAAGGAAGAAUUAAAAGGAACCCUAAACCCUAACUCCUCUUAGUUGACCAAAAUUGAAGAAGUCAGGGCUGUUUUAUUUUGGACUAUUUACAAAAUAACUCUUCAUUUUUAGUAAAUAUGUUAAUUUAAGUAUAAUUUUCACAAACUUAACGAUUAUAUACAUGAUUUUUUUUCCUCUUUCAA